AUAACCAACCUAUCAACCAACCAUUCAUCUUCAAAUUUUAAGCCAAACCAAUUAGCUAGCCACCUCAAUUGAUCUCUAAUGGCUUUCGCCACAGUUACAGCACCACCACGGCCGGUGUCCCCCGACCGCACCACCAUCCCGAAGCGCAGCUGCUCUCCUCUCAAUCCUCUCUCCCGUCCUCAACCUCUCAAACCAACCACAACCACCACCACCACCAUCUCUACUCGCCAACACCUCUCCAACCUUAACCGUUUUCUUGACUCCCAACAUCCCCCACUCCCAUCUCAACCCCUACAACCAUCACUCCCCUUCAAUGACUCCCUCCCUCUCGACCCCGACCCACACGUCCCACGCCCUCCCGGCCUUUUCCAUGCCAUCAACGUUCCUUUCCUCUUCCCCUCCUUUCGUCGCUCAGCUGAGGACAUCGACAUGUCCCCUCGCAGCCUCUCUCAUCUUCAACGUCUCCUCUCUGACUCUCCUAGACCUUCUCCUAAGACCUCCAUCUCCUCUCAAUGGCAAGACUUCCACGGCCGCCGUAACUGGGCCGGUCUUCUUGACCCUCUCGACGAGAACCUCCGCCGAGAACUCCUCCGCUGCGGCGACUUCGUCACAGCUGCCUACAACGCUUUCCACUCCAACCCUUCUUCUCCUCGUCCCCUUCUUCUCCCUGAUCGCUCUUACCGUGUCACCAAAUCCCUUCACGUCACCUCCUCUUUAGACUUCCCUUCCUGGGCUCUUCCUCUCGCUCCGGCACCAUGGAUGGCUGAGCGGUCUAGCUGGGCCGGUUACGUUGCCGUUUGCGAUAACGAGAGGGAGAUACAACGCAUGGGUCGUCGAGACAUCGUCAUCGCUCUGCGCGGCACUGCUACUUGUCUCGAGUGGGCCGAGAACUUCCGUGCAGGUCUCGUCACCGUCUCCGACGACUCCAGUGUGAAUCCGUCGAGCCAACGAGCAGCCAAGGUCGAGCGUGGUUUCUGGAAUCUCUUCAACACUCCAGGCUCUCAAGUCUCCAGCCUCGCUGACGCUGUGGUUAAAGAGGUUCGUCGGUUAAUGGACAAGUACGCCGGAGAAGAACUGAGCAUCACUGUGACCGGGCACAGCCUUGGAGCAGCUCUGGCUCUGCUUGUCGCCGACGAGCUUAGCAGCGCCGUCGAGAACGCGCCGCCAAUCGCCGUGUUCUCUUUCGGCGGGCCUCGGGUCGGGAACAAGGCGUUCGCUGACCGAGUCGAGGAGAAGCGGGUCAAGGUUUUGAGAGUAGUCAACGCUCAUGACGUCAUCACAAAAGUGCCAGGUGUGCUGCCUUCGCACGUGAGAGGGGAGGACGCGUAUGCUGAUGUCGGGGUUGAGCUGCGUGUGGACUCACGUGCUUCGCCUUAUCUGAAGCCCAAUGCUGACGUGGCUUGUUGUCACGAUCUCGAGGCAUACUUGCAUCUAGUGGACGGGUUCAUGGGCACCGGGUGCCCAUUCCGGGCUAACGCGAAGAGAAGUAUUGCGAAGUUAAUGGACCAGCAACGGGCUAAUAUGAGAGGGGUUUUUGUGGCUAAGGCCCGACAACUUGGGUUAGGGUCGGGCCAUAACCCGGCCAGGAAACUGAGUCUGGGCCCGUUACAACCGGUGGCGCUGGCUCGGUCUAACAGUAACGUGCCCAGCCUGUCUCGCUAGUCCAUCGUGAUCCGUGUGCGUUUUGUGAUUAUAUUAAUUGUGUAUCAUUAUCAAUGUGAAUGUGAUUAAGAUGUAUACUUUUGUUGGAUUAAAUGAAUUCAUUAUUUGAUUAGGUUA